AUGGGACUACGAAAACCUCGAUUGCACAUGACAGGUGUGAGCAAUUCAGAUAUUAGAACGGCACCUGAAACAAAGGCAGAAAGAAAAACCCGGCUUCCUCUAUAUGAAAGCACUUAUCCUUAUCAUCAAGCUCAGCUAGGGCUAUCAAGAGUAAAAUCUUUUCCUAUUAUGAGAGACAACCCACUUCAAUCUCAAACAACUUUUUACGACACCCACCACAAAAAAAUAAAACCAAGGGAGCCAAUUGCUCGUCCCAAAACCUCAAACUUAGAAGGAGAAAAUUUAUUUACUGGGGGAGAUAACGAUCCCUACCUGAAAAAUCCGCAAAUGAAAGCUAAUCGCCCAUCCCAUGAAGAAGAAAAAAACGUUAAAAAAUACGAUAAAUACCAUAAAACCAAAGAAAUUGAUAAUAAAAUAGCAAUACAAGAAACUCAGCUUGUACAUAUGGACCACAAACGGACACUUGAAGGAAAAGUUGACUUAAAAAAAGUUGCUGAUAUCAGAAGGACAAUGAGAAGGCGUUAUGCAAAUAGAACGGACUUCAGAAAAAUUUUUAAUCAAUGGGAUGAAAGGUCUCUAGGCGUUUUAAGGCCCGAAGACGUAUGCAAAAUGGUAAAUAAAAUUGGAAUUCCUAUAAACUUGAUAGAAGCCAGAGUCCUAGUGGCAAGUGCAAAUCAAAGUCACACAGGAGCUCUUAAUUUAGAUGAAUUUAUGCAGCUUAUUUUUGAUCAAGAUGAUAGGCUAAAUGUGGACUUAGCAACUUUGACUGAAGAAGACCCAUCUCCUGAUACAGAAAAGAAACUGCUUGAAAUGCAUGAGUCUGCAGUAAACCAGCACACAAAGAAAAUUCAAAAUGAGCUUAAAAUCCAUUUAAAGGAAAAAAUAAAUGGGCUGGCUGCACAAUUUAUAAGAAGAGAUAAAAAUAAAAGCGGAAAAAUAAAUUUUGAAUACUUUGCCAACAUUUUGAAUAACAUGGAUUUACCUACAAGUGUGACGAAUCAAAAACAUUGGAAGUUGCUAUAUAUGGAUAUGGGAGGAAAUGAAGGGGGAUUAAAUUAUAGAGAAUUUAUAGGAAAAUUAAAUGAUUUCGACUCAAGAAAUGCUGCAAGGCUUGAAGAAGUUGGCCCCCCUGUUAAUCCUUUAAUUCAAGAGUAUAAUAAGCUAGAAGCUGAGCAGACUCAUGGAAAAUCACCAAAGCAUAAUACAAUGCAAUAUAAAGGGAGUCUGACAAUAAUUGACCGACAAAAAGCUCCUGUCAACCAGCUUGAUAAUAUAUUCCAGAGAGCGCGCAAGAUAAGGCAAUUUUUAAGAGAAGGAGUUGAGUCUCAAGAAGAACUCAAUGAAGAUCUUGCAAAAGCUGGUUUUGAUGGCAAAGUAUCUCAAGAGCAGUUAAAAGAUUUUGUUAUUAGCAAGCUAAAAGAGAAACAAACAAUCAAAAUAACCAAAAAAGAACUAGAAGGCUUCUUAUCUUCUUAUAUUUACAAUAAAGAUGGCCUUGCAUCUGUUCCAGAUAUAACAAACAAUAUAUUUAUGGAAGACACAAAGGCUGCUCAAGAGCUGCAUAUUAUCAAAAGGGCAGUUCCUCCGUUCAGGCAAACAAAAGACUUUGAUCCUUGCUCUGAUACAAAUAUUAAAAAAAUUCUCAAAGAGAUUGAAGAAAAGAUGUUUGUGCAAGGCUCGCAAAGAAGUGUCCAGAUUUUUAAAAAGUUCGACCGAGAUGGAGAUGGGUUUAUUACUAGAGAAGAUCUGGAAGGGGCUUUAGAAGUCAAUAAUAUUGUUCAUGAUCAAAGAGAUGUAGAUGACUUAAUGGCAUUUUUAGAUGAAGAAAAAAGUGGGCAUGUUAACUUCAGAGAAUUCUCAAGGCAUAUCCAGACAAAUAUUAUACAAUCGAACAGCGAAAGACUACAAGAGGAUUCGAAAAAAUUCAUGAACAUUUCUCAGCCUUCAUCUGGCUUCUUAAAAUCGCAAAUGAAUCAAACUGAUUUUUUUAAUAAAGCUCAUGAAACCCUAAGGAACCAAUUCCGACCUGACGAUAAACUUAUUCAACUAGUCUCAAAUACAAGAUAUGGGGCAAACCCACCGCAUAAAGACACUUUUUAUCAGCAUCUCCCUCCAGUAGACGCUGGAAUGUAUGCAAGCGACGAAGAAAGAUUCUCAGCCAAAAAAUUCCAUCCAAUUAAUAUGGGACUGGAAGACAAGCAAAAACUGGCGAAAAGCAAAGAGAUUAGAUUACAGUAUAUAAAGAACGCAAGGAACGAAAUAAAUAGCAGGCUGUCAACUAUCCAAGAAAUCAGCGACCGAAAGGAAAACAAUAAAAUAGUCAGGCGUUCCAACAUCAAAGAAGAAUAUGAAAUGGUAAUCUUUAAUAUAGAGAUGCAAAUUAAACUCACCUUUUGCACAUUUGCAAAUAGAAUAA